AUGUUUCAAAUUCCUGUUCAAAAUCUUGAUAAUAUCAGAAAGGCUCGAAAAAAGGUGAAGGGCAUUCUUGUGGAUCUUGGGCUUGACAGCUGCAGGGAAUUGUUGAAGAAUCUUAAAAGUUUUGACCCGGGAGAAAAACAGUUUUGUAACACUUCAUGGAGUGAUGUCUCUCCUUGGGAGUCUGUGGGUAAAAGGAAGAGAUACAGAACAAAGCCGUACUGCUGUAGCUUAUGCAAGUUCUCGUCAAAAUUACUUACUUCAUUCAAGAAUCACUUGCACCGUUGCCAUGAGGAUGAAAUGGACCAAGAGCUGGUGGUUUCUUGCCCAAAAUGUGCAUUUGCUUCUGAUCCCAAAAUAGUGGGAAAGCAUAUCCGGAUGUUUCAUUCAUCUAAUAAAAGAAUACAGAACUAUACAGUCAGCAUUUUGGAUGGCAUGAAACAAUUCAGGACUGACAUCAUAAACUUCACAUGUCUAAAAUGUCACUUUACAGACACUUUGUAUUACAAUAUGAAGAAACAUGUGUUGAUGAACCAUUUUCAAAACUUAAUAAGUACAUAUUUUGGCCAGAAACCUGAUGAAAGUAAAGAGAAUUCUGUUGAGCACUACUGUAAAAAGUGUAAUGCUUCUGCAAACAGCCAAGAUUCUUUAAUGUACCAUGUCUUAACAGCCGAAACACACCGAGACCUGGAGAACAAACUUCGGUCUGUGAUUUCAGAACAUAUUAAGAAACCAGGACUUGUGAAACAAGUGCAUAUUGCUCCAAAGCCUCCCCAGUGCGUGGCAGUUGCUGCUCCAUCUGCAGGGCCUGCUGUUGCCCCAGCAGGUUCCAUCACCGCUACAGCUUGCAUCCAGCUUGCAAUUCCACAAAAUAAUCAAAACCAGAGUGUCGUGCAGCCGAAAGCAGUUCAAAACACAGUCACCUCACUGACUGUUCCAAGUGCCUCUGGUAGCCUUGCCCAUGCAACUUCUGCUCCAGUUGUUAACCCGUCUCAUGUUACUCUUGUACCUGGUAAUCUUCCUGUAGGUCAGAAUAAUGUUAAUAUUCAGCCACCUUCCCAGCCUGUUGUUGUUUCCCACAGGCUCCCCCUUAAUCAGUCUGUGAGGGUGGGAGCUAUUCCUACUGUUGGGACUGGAAAUAGAAAUGUGGCCCCCACAGUUCUUCCUCUUAAUCAACCUGUUGGGCCUGGUCUUUUCCCUAUUAAUCAAUCCAUUGGUGCUAUAAAUGGUCCUGUUUCUCAACCUGUCAGCCCUGUGAACCAGCCGGUUGCACCAGGCAUUCUCUCUGUCAACCAAGCAUUUGGGGAUGUGAAUAGACCUAUUGGUCCUGGGGUCCUUCCUGUGGCCCAAACACUUGCUUCAGGGGUUCUCCAGCUUAACCAGACUGUUGCCUCUGGGGUGGUUCCUGUCAGACAGCCUCUCCAACCUGGAUUUCUUCAGUUUAAUCAGCCCAUUGGCCCAGCAGUUAUCCCUGUAAAUCAGCCAGUUCAACCUGCAGUUUCUCAAAACGCAACUUUUUUGACUGCAAGUUCCUUACUUAGGCAACUGAUUCCAACUGGUAAGCAGGUUAAUGGUAUACCCACCUACACGCUUGCCCCAGUUUCAGUUACUUUGCCUGUACCUCCUGGUGGUGGAGUAGCAACUGUUGCACCACCACAAGUGCCCAUCCAACUAAUGCAGUCUGGGACAGGAACUCAGUUGUCCCAGUCACCGGCCAGUGCCCCCUCUCCUCCAGUGGUUUUAACGGCUCAGAAUGUAUCCUUGCAAGCCUCCCCACCUGGGCCUGAGACAAGUCAGGCUAACAGAAAGGCUAAGCAGUGGAAGACUUGCCCUGUUUGCAAUGAACUUUUCCCAUCAAAUGUCUACCAGGUGCACAUGGAGGUGGCCCACAAACAUGGUGAAGUAAAAAUGGAGGAAACCCUGGAACCUGACAAGCUUGCAGCUUGUGCGCCAUUUUUAAGGUGGAUGACAGAAAAGACUGUCCGAUGUUCCUCCUGUAAAUGUUUUCUCUGUGAGGAAGAGCUUAUGAAACAUCUCUUGAUGCAUGGCUUAGCUUGCUUAUUUUGCACAGUUACUUUCCAUGACUUAAAAACCUUUGUGGAGCACAAUAAGUCUACUCACAGUGGGAAAAAGCAGUUACAUGCAGAUUACAGCAACAGAGGAUUUCAACUAGGUAAUGAUGGUCAGGGUGACCUUGUGUUUCCACACUUUGAUUUCAGUACAGUGUUACCAAAAGAAGACAUGGGUGAAAGAGAGGUACAUUUGGCAGUGCUUGCUGGGCUAAAUUCGAGGACGCUUGUCCCUGUUUACAUUAAAGUAAAACCUCAGACAGCAGAAGUGAGCAACAGAAGCAACAAAAAAGUGUUAACCUGUCCCUUUUGCUUUGGUACAUUCAUUAGUAAAGACAGCUACGAAAUGCACUUGAAAGAGCGGCAUCACAUAAUGCCGACCGUACAUACCAUUUUGAAGUCUCCUGCUUUCAAGUGCAUCCAUUGUUGUGGUGUGUACAGUGGAAAUAUGACUCUAACAGCUAUUGCUGUGCAUUUGCUCCGUUGUAGAAGUGCUCCCAAAGAUAGCAACUCAAGUGUGAAGAUGCAGCUUGAGCGUACCGAGAAGAAAGAGCUCCUGUUUGUGAAUGGUGAAAAGCGUGUUUCUGUAAUACUGAAAAGAAAGCAAUCAGAUUCCUGCUUUGUUGCAGAAGACCAAAGGAAUAAGGAACAACAGCCUCUGAGCUUAAGUACUAGUCUAGUUCUAGCUCCAGAAAAAGAAGGGAUAGUGCCUUUCAAACGACAGAAGAUUAAUAGUAGGACUGAGAUGAGGAAGCUUCCUUCGAGUGAAGAUCUUCGCCUUCUAGCAGUAGAUCCUAAACGAUACGAUCACAAUUCGUAUGAGGCUCAAAAACAGUUUUUGACAGACUACUUUCACGAGAGGCCAUAUCCUUCUAAAAAAGAGAUGGAAUUACUUUCCUCACUGCUAUAUGGGUGGAGAAUUGAUGUUGCAUCAUUCUUUGGGAAAAGGAGGAAUACAUGCUUAAAGGCGAUAAAUAAUCAAAAACCAUCUGUGCUGUUGGGUUUCAGUAUGUCUGAACUAAAAAAUGUUAAGCAUGGUUUGAAUAUAAGAGAUGAACCCUUAUGUAUGUAG